AAAAUAAAAAAAAAUACAAUCUCACAGCAGUUGCCACUUCCUCCUCUUUUAUUGGGUCCAUAUUCUCCCAUUCAAAUCCCAAAACUGUUUCCUUCUGGUUUCUUUUCCAGCCCACAGAUAAGAAGAUGAAUAUCCAAAAAAUGAAGUUUCUGCUUCUUCCGGCAUUAACACUCCUGAUGUUAUUCCUUCGUAGACAUGUGGAAGGAGUAGAUGUGAAAAUCCAGCAGAAGACAUACAUCAUUCACAUGGACAGAUCCAACAUGCCCUCUGGCUUUGAUGAUCAUCACCACUGGUAUGAUUCCUCCUUGAAGUCGGUUUCAGACACGGGCAAGAUGCUAUACUCCUAUAGCAAUACCAUUCAUGGCUUCGCUGCACGGCUAACUGCCGAGGAAGCAAGAACGCUUGAGCAGCAGACAGGGGUCAUCUCGGUCCACGAAGAGGUCAAAUAUGAGCUUCACACAACACGGUCACCCUUAUUUCUCGGGCUUGAUGGCCACAUCGAAAGCAAACAAUUCAUUUCUCUUAAUAGUAACAACAGCGUACAGAGUGAUGUUGUAGUUGGUGUUAUAGACACCGGUGUUUGGCCGGAAUCAAAGAGUUUUGAUGACACUGGGUUUGGUCCGAUUCCCAGAAGCUGGAAAGGGGAGUGCGAGGUGGGCACAAACUUCAAGCCAUCAAACUGUAACCGGAAACUCAUAGGCGCCAGGUUUUUCUCAAGUGGGUACGAAGCUGCGAACGGACCAAUUGACGAGACCAUCGAAUCCAAGUCACCCAGGGAUGAUGACGGUCAUGGCACGCACACAGUGUCCACAGCGGCCGGAUCAACGGUCACCGGAGCGAGCUUCUUCGGUUUUGGAUCAGGCGUGGCACGUGGGAUGGCCUCAAAAGCAAGGGUUGCAGUAUACAAAUCAUGUUGGGUGGGAGGGUGCUUGAGCAGUGACAUAUUAGCCGCAAUUGAUAAAGCAAUUGAAGAUGGGGUGAACGUACUAUCGAUGUCAUUGGGUGCUUCACUUACAGAAUACUAUAAUGACCCUAUAGCAGUCGGAGCAUUUGCAGCAACGAGCAGGGGAAUCUUUGUCUCCUGCUCGGCGGGAAAUGGCGGGCCAUACUCAAACAGCCUAUCCAAUACGGCACCAUGGAUAACAACUGUGGGUGCGGGUACGAUCGAUCGUGACUUCCCAACCUAUAUCAGCCUUGGGAACGGGAAGAAAUUUAAAGGCGUAUCGCUUUACGGAGGGAGCCCGUUACCCGCUUCCCAAAUACCUCUAGUAUAUGCUGGCGGCGAUGGUAUAUCAUCUGAUGGAGGAGGACUAUGCACAACGAGCAGUCUAAUUCGCGCAAAGGUAGCUGGGAAGAUUGUGGUGUGUGACAGAGGUGAGAAUAGAAGAGCAGAAAAGGGUUUAGUUGUAAAAGAUGCAGGUGGUAUAGGCAUGAUUCUAGCAAACACUGACCUUACAGAAGAUGAUCGGAUCGCAGAUGCACAUGUCAUCCCUACAGCAGCUGUGGGUGAGACUGCGGGUGACGCGAUAAAGAGCUACAUAUCUUCCACUCGUAACCCGACAGCCACAAUAGGGUUUGGAGAAACAAAAUUGGAAGUCCAGCCAUCACCGGUUGUGGCAGCAUUCAGUUCAAGAGGGCCAAACACAAUCACACCUGAAAUACUCAAACCGGAUUUCAUAGCACCAGGGGUUAACAUCCUCGCUAGUUGGACCGGCAGAGUCGGACCGACAGGGUUACCUCAAGACAAAAGGCGUGUCAACUUCAAUAUCGUUUCUGGAACUUCCAUGUCAUGCCCGCAUGUCAGCGGACUGGCUGCACUACUCAAAGCGGCUCAUCCAGAAUGGACCCCAGCAGCUAUAAGAUCAGCACUUUUGACUACGGCUUAUAGAACAUACCAGAAUGGGAAAUCCAUUGAGGAUGCGGCAACCGGUAUGGAAUCAACACCAUUUGAUCAUGGUGCUGGGCAUGUAAACCCGGUAUCCGCACUUGAUCCGGGUCUCAUUUACGAUAUAACGGUUGACGAUUAUACAAACUUCCUUUGUGCCAUAGGAUAUACCACAAGUAUGAUCAAGACCGUCACAAAGAAAGACGUGUCAUGUGGUGCAAAUAAAGAGCACAGAGUAACUGAUCUUAAUUAUCCGUCUUUUGCCGUUCCUCUCGAAACGGCUUGGGGUAAAGGUGGUGCUAAAAAUGCAGUGGUCAAGUACACUAGGACACUCACAAAUGUGGGCAAACCAGCUACUUACAAGGCCUCAGUCUCUGUUCUGACGAAGUCUGUAAAGAUAUUAGUUGAACCACAAACUUUGAGUUUUAGUAGACUGAACGAGAAGAAGAACUACACCGUGACAUUUAUAGCCAGUUCAAUGCCAUCAGGCACAACUGGCUUUGCUCAUCUUGAAUGGUUAGAUGGAAAACAUAAUGUCCAUAGCCCAAUUGCUUUUAGCUGCACAUGAUGAUUCUACUGAACCUAUAUUGUCAUGGAAGAGUCUUGAUAAUGGUUAGAUGGAAAACAUAAUGUCCAUAGCCCAAUUGAUAAUAUCAUAAUACUACCACACAGGAAAAGAGUCUUGAUUGUAAAACUGAAAUUCAGUAUUAUAUACAAGACUCCUUUUCUGAGUUAGGGUGGGUAAUAUGCAAUAGGUCACUGUUUAGUUCUCGUGCAACCAGACUUUACUUGUAUCGUCAAGAAGCUUCUGUACAAAAGUGUCUGUGUUGAUUGUAUGCUAGAUGCUAAAAAGUUCUUACAAUUUAUUGUUUUUACUUAAGCUUUGUAUCUAAGAGCUUGUAGCUUAUGAUGUGAUUUCACAUGGAGAGUGUGCUCUUCA